UCGGCACCAGAGCACUACGAUCAAGAAGCACUACCGGGACUCCUAUCGCGUGAUGGGCGGGUUCGAGCAGCGUCCCUGGACUCCGACGAAGCGGCGCGGUCCGAUCGCGGCGGAACACCGUGGCCCGGGGCCCCAGUACCUUCUACCACAGCUACUCGGUACGAAAGUGGUCGACUCGAAAAGGCAAGCCGCGCCCGCCUACAGCUUCGGACAGCGGCACAAACCGCGCACGGAAUCGUUCAGCCCGGGCCCGCUGUACAACAUCACCGGGCUGGGCUGCAAGGGCAAGGAUGCACCGCCAGCCUACUGCCUCCAGAGCCGGCCGAAGGAGAUCCCGAAGUACCUGACGCCCGCGCCGGGCGAGUACAACAUCGAGAAGGCCGACAAGAUGCUGGUAAAGUCGGCCCCGAAGUACACGUUCGGCGUGAAGAAGCCACCUAACCCGACCAGCCAGACGCCAGCUCCCGGGGACUAUAAGCCGGAACGAGUAGUGUUAGAUAGUGCGCCCAAGUUCUCGUUCGGAAUCAAGACCGAGAGCAAGAUACGGAGUGAAACGCCUGCGCCCGGUACGUACUCGCCGGAAAAGGUACUGAAAGACAAAUCGCCAAAGUACAGCUUCGGACUGAAGGUGAUACCGGAGAAGAUUGAAGAAACGCCCGCUCCCGGCGCAUAUCAACCUGAAAAGGCGCUAGCCUUGGACAAGAAGCCGGCGUACAGCUUUGGGCUGAAGACGAUCAUGGAGAAGCCGAACAACACGCCAGCACCGGGAGCGUACGAGCCGGAAAAGGUUAAGCUGAACGCUACGCCGUCGUACAGCUUCGGUAUACGGCCUUCGAUCGAGAAGCCCAACGCAAAUCCUGCACCGGGCGCUUACGAGCCGGAAAAGGCGAAGAAGCUGAUCGAUCACUCACCCGCAUUCGCAUUCGGCAUGCGCAUCAAUCACGAUAAGCCUAGCUGUACGCCUGCGCCCUCGGCGUACCAGGUAGAGAAGGUGAACCUCGAUCAUCAGCCCGCGUACAGCUUCGGCUUGCGCACGAACGUGGCGAAACCGCAGGCGACGCCGGCCCCCGGUGCAUACUCGCCGGAGAAGGCGAACCUGGACGGUACGCCCAAGUACAGCUUCGGCAUCCGCCCGACAAUCGACCGGCCGGACAAUGUCCCCGCGCCGGGUGCGUACUCUCCCGAGAAGGCCAAAGUAGACAGUAGUCCCGCGUACAGCUUCGGAGUGCGUGGCAAGGCGGAGAAACCCAGUGCCAACCCCGGACCGGGAACGUACGAUGCGGACAAAUCGCACGAUUCGUUCGCCCCGGCGUACUCGUUCGGACUGCGGCCGGAAGUAGGCAAACCGGACACUAUUCCCGGACCGGGUGCAUACAAUGCCGACCGGGUCGAUCAUACCACACCGGCGUAUUCGUUUGGUCUGCGGACGAACACGGACAAGAUCGAUCGUGUUCCUGGACCGGGGGCAUACGAUGCGGAUAAGUCCCACGAUACGUUCGCACCGGCGUACUCGUUCGGAGUUAGACCGAACCUGGAUAAACCGAACGCGAUCCCUGGACCGGGGGCGUACGAUGCGGAUAAGUCACAUGACAAGUCCUCUCCGGCCUAUUCAUUCGGGGUAAGGACGAACGUUGGGAAACCGAACGCGGUUCCUGGUCCCGGUGCGUACGACUCCGAUAAGGUGGAUAAGUCCUCGCCGGCAUACUCGUUCGGUGUAAGAACUAAUUUGGAUAAACCGAAUGCAAUCCCCGGACCCGGUGCGUACGAUUCCGACAAGGUGGAUAAGUCCUCGCCGGCAUACUCGUUUGGUGUGAAGUCAAAUUUGGACAAGCCGAACGCAAUUCCCGGCCCGGGUGCGUACGAUGCGGACAAAGCAGUCGACAAGUCAGCUCCAGCGUACUCCUUUGGAGUGAAGCCAAACCUCGACAAACCGAACGCAGUUCCCGGCCCGGGCGCGUACGACGCUGACAAGCUGAUCGACAAAUCAACUCCGGCGUACUCGUUCGGUGUGAAGACGAACGUAGAGAAACCGAGCGUGGUGCCCGGUCCGGGAGCGUACGACUCCGACAAGGUGGUCGAUAAGUCCUCACCGGCGUACUCGUUCGGUGUGAAGACGAACGUGGAGAAACCAAACGCAAUCCCCGGUCCGGGUGCGUACGACUCCGACAAGGUGCUGGAUAAGUCCACACCUGCCUACUCGUUCGGAGUGAAGACAAACGUGGAGAAGCCUAGCACCAUCCCCGGUCCGGGUGCUUACGAUGCGGAUAAAGUGAUCGACAAAACAUCCCCGGCGUACUCGUUCGGUGUGAAGACGAACGUCGAAAAACCCAGUGCCAUACCCGGCCCGGGAGCGUACGAUAACGACAAGGUACACGACUCGACCACCCCGGCGUACACGUUCGGUGCGAAACCAGCUUCGACGAAGUCGUUCCCAACGCCCGCACCAGGCACUUACAGUCCCGAGAAGUACACCUUCCACAAUCCGGCCUACACGUUCGGUGUGCGGCCCAACAUCGACAAGAUCGACGUCAUUCCAGCGCCGGGUGCGUAUAAUCCGGAGACGGUACAGCAACACACCAGCCCUGCGUAUACGUUCGGCGUACGGCCCGUAAUCGAUAAGGUGGACACAACGCCAGCACCUGGCACGUACUCGGUGGAGAAGGUGAAACUGGACCACUCACCGGCGUAUCCGUUCGGUAUCAAAGUGAACCGCGAGAAACCGAACGAAGUUCCAGCGCCCGGUGCGUACAAUCCAGAUAAGGUGAAGCUCGAUCACUCGCCAGCCUAUAGUUUCGGUAUAAAGCACAAAGGUGAAACACUGCGGGAUACACCGGCACCUUCGGCGUACCAGCCGGAAAAGUGCCGCACUGACUGCGCGCCGGCAUACAGCUUCGGCGUGAAGGUAAAUCACGAAACGAUCACACACGAAGGCCCAGUUGUGGUGAACGGUGGCGAGUCGACGGCCGUAUCCACCUCCAGGUCGGUGGUGAUCGCCAACGGAACCGUUGCCAACGCCGCUAGUAACCAUCGCAGCAGUAGCAAUAGCACAACCACAACCAGCACAACCGGUGCGGUACAGAAUGGACGCGAUGGUGAGAGCAGCGUCACGACCAAGACGGUCACCACCACGCACACGACCGGUGGCAUGAAGGUGAUCCGCGAACGGAAGACCACCACCGAGGAGCGUUCUUCGGCAUCGGUCGAAGCGAUCGGCGAAGGGCUGGUGCCGAACUGCAUCGCCGGAGUGAAGCAGCUCGCUAACGUCCAGCAUCAGCGCAUGGUUUGCACCGGACACUUCCGGGCCUAAAAGGGACACGCAGUCUCAAAGGCAUUGGAUGCACACGAUUCCAUUCCUCUUGUUUACUACUGUAGCACGUUUGUCUUUAGGCAUUAGUUUGUAGUUCCGUUGCCUUUGGUGUUGAGUUGGGCUUCUAGUGCCCACUCUCCCACUGUAGUCCUUUGCAGGUUUGCGAAUGCUUUCGUUUGCCGUUUAUGGCCGCUUACUUUCAUUUUUGUUCGCUAGGGCUGAGGCCGUCCGUACCGCAUGAGUAUGUGCCGCCCCGUUCAUCUGUAACUGUUCUGUGUUGAUCUAGUUCUCAAAAAAAAAAGGCUUGCCUUCUGGCCUCAAAAAAGGAAGGCUUUUUGUGCGGGGGAGGUAGUUUGGUCGGUCUAUAAAUAUGC